GGUGGAGGGCUGGCAAUGCCCGUGGUGCCAGGCCCUGCUGUUGGCACUGCUUUGGGCUUUGCUCAGCCCCUCCAUGGCCACGGCUGCUCCUCAGCUCUGAUGGCUGCCGGGGAAUCGGUGCCGUCCCCAUCCCGGGACCCCUUUCCUGCCGAGGGGCCCCUGUCUGGGGUGGAGAGGAGGAUGAAGGGGCUCAUCUCAGCCCCUCAAACCCUUCAUUCUCCCGAUGCUGGUCAGUGCUAUGACCCCACAGCCGCAGCAGUGCCCAUGGGGAGCCGGGAGGGUUGGGGGUCAGCACCUCCCACCUCUGCUGGUUUUUUGCACUGGAUUAAUGGAAACCAGAUUGUGCAGCCAGGAGAGAGCCUGGAAGCCAAAUCCUGCUGCUGGAGUCCCUCUCGGUUUCCUGCAGGAAUCCUGGGAAUGGGCUCAGCCAUGGGCACGUGGUUGCUGCUCUUGGUGCUGCUGGUGGCAGCCCCGGCUGAGGCGGCGGCGCCCCGGCACCGCCCGGUGCUGCCGGACACGGCGGGCAGCGGGGACGGGGACGAGGCGUCAGCCACGCUGCCCGCCCAGCCCGUGACCCCCCGGAUCAGCCCCACCGUGGGGGAAGCACCGGGGACCACGGUGACCAACAGCUCGGCACCGGGCGUGCUGGACGGGCUGGUGGACUUCUUCAAGGAGUACCUGCUGCUGGUGGUGGUGGUGGGCUCGCUGUCCUUCGUCCUCCUCUUCAUCAUCUGCGCCGCCGUCAUCGUGCGGCAGAAGCACAAGGCCUCUGCCUACUAUCCCUCCUCCUUUCCCAAGAAGAAAUACGUGGAUGAGCGGGACAAGUGGGGAGCACGGGGCUUCAGCGAGGUGCCCGACAAAGCCUCCGAGGCCGGCGCGGAGGAGCCGCUGGACGGCGGCUGGCAGCUCCAGGCUGACAUCCUGGCUGCUGCCCAGAACCUCAAAUCCCCCCACAAGGCACCGCUGGCCAACGGGGCCCAGGGUGAGCAGAAUUCCCCUCAGAAGGAAGAGAAGGAGGAAGAGGAGGAAGGAAAGAAGAAGUUGGGGGAUGAGCAACCCAAGCCCCCUGCCCAGAACCUGAGCGCGGAGGAAGCGGUGAGCGCAGGAAGCAAGGAUGGAGGAUGCACCCCUGAUGCAUGCCAGGAUGGCUCCCAGGCUCCCUCUGGAAUCUGAGGCAGGGACACGGUCCCGGGCAAGCCUGAGGAGCUGCUGCCCUGGGACACACGAUGGACAGGGUGGAUCAGGCUCUGUAUGUACGUGGUGGCUCAAGGAAGCCCCGAUGAAGAUCCCAUUCCCUCCCAGUUCCCCCGACCCUGGUGCUGAUGGGAUGCUCAUGGGGGGGAUUUGCCAGCUGGUGGUUUUCCCCAGCACUGGAACGCUGUCAGCCCCAGCUCCUGCUGCCCAAGGGGCUUCUCCCAUCCCAGGCACUGGGUGGGUGCUUCCCCCCAGCUGCAGCUCUGCCCCCACUGUGCCAACAGCUUCCUCCUAAAUGUUAUUUUAAUCAGCAGCAGCAGCCUGGUCUGUGCCGGGCUCCUGGCUGGGAGCUGUGUCUCCCUGGGAGAAGGGAUGGGACCAGGGCUGGAGGUCUGUAGGACAUGGGUCAGCUUUGCCCAAGGCCACCCAAGGGAAAGAGGGAUGAGGAUUUAGGGACAAGGACUCUCCUUUCCUUCUUCCACCCCAGAGCCCAGCUGGAUUUCUGCCUCACUUCCUGAACCCCUUCAGCUAGAAAUAAACGUUUCCUCCGCACAGCUCCUCUCCCGUGUGUGUCUCAGCCGUGGGGUGCCCAGGGGACAGUCCCUGUGUCCCUGUGCUCCUCCAGGGGCACAGCUGGAUGGGAGUUCAGGGCCAGUGGAGCCCUGGGCAGGGUGUUAUCAGUCCCCACAUCAGCACAUCACGUGCCCUUCCAGGAAACCUUUAUCUUGUACCCACAGCUGUGGGCUGAGGAGGGGCUGUGGGGACUCAGCCACAGCCCUGGGGUGCAGCCGCUGCAGUGGGGACAGCAGGGAACCCUGGAAGGUGAGUGAGGCUGUUCUGCCCCAAAAGCAGCACAUCUCUGUACUCCUAAACCUCCUGUAUCCCUGUGUUUUAUCCCAUUAUGUCCUUGCCUCAGGACACCCUUCCCUUGGGAAGCAUGUGCCACCACAAAGAGCUGGUUUUGCCCUAAAGUAAAUGUGAGUGGGUGAAGUUUCCCUGAUUUUUUUUUUAACUGGGAAAUAGCAGGAUUGUUCCAUGAGGGAGAGGUACAUUCUUCACUGCUGGAGGGUGCCAGGAGCUGAGGAACCACAAGAGGGACCUUGUGAGUGACAAACUCGCAGCAACGUGUGACCUCUGUGCUAAAAAUUACAAAUAUUGUGCCCGAAUGGAGCAGGAUGAGACAAUUAUUUUUUUUUAAAUGUGGUUUUAAAUGUUUAACAACACCCUCAGUAUGAAAAAUGGGAAGUGAUGUAUAUCGUGGGGGGGUUAGAAGGUUAAAAAGUGAAGUUUGCUCAUGUGUUGUCUGCUUGGUUUGGAAAUACUCCUCCAGAAAAGAGGAACUCUGGGAGCUCCCCCUCAACUCUGCAUUCCAGCUCUGCUAUUCCCCACUGGGGUUCCAGUCUGAGGGUGUACUUUAGAGAAUCUUGGAAUGGUUUGGGUAUGAAGGGAUCUUAAAGGUCAUCCAGUUGCAAACCCCUUCCUCGGGCAGGGACACCUUCCUCUAGCCCAGGAUCAACAGCUCUAAGAGAGCACCUGGUGAGUGAAGAAGUGAAUUCUUAGAGAAAACACCCCAAAAUCCAGGCUGUUCCUCAAACACGUGGAUAGGAUGGGAUGGGAUGGGAGCAGAAACCACCAGUGUUUCCUGGUCACUUUUCCCUUUGGCACCAGCAAAACAUCCCAGAAUUCCAAGGGCAGGAAUUUGCCCCUGAAUUACAAAACCAACCGUGACACAGCCAGAGCCAGGGACGGCCCCACAUCUCACACACACACAUCCAA